ACUCUUGGACAACCAGAACAUUCACCAUGGAUUACGAUGAGGAUGAUUUAGACUAUCCAUCAGAAGAAGACUACGAAUUCCACGAAGACAACUUGUCGAAUGAAGACUAUGAGAAGUUGCACAAGUAUCUUCCCCAGCUCAAGGACAUCAUGAGUGAAUAUGACGCGGAUGAAUACGACUUGAAAGAGAGUUUGUAUUUCAAUUAUUUCGAUGUAUCUGCUAGUGUACAAGAAUUGAAGUCUAAAUUCAAAAAGAAAAAAGUAGUCAAAGCAAAAGAAAACUUUUCUGCUCCAUCGCCAGAUGACGAAAUCACCAAUGCUCAGAAAAACGCAUUUGCCAAAGACAUGGCCAAUCUUAAACUUGAAAGUACACCUGCUACUACUCAAAAGAAGAUCAAGGAAACCAAACCAUUCAAGAAAAUCGAUAUAGCCAAGGAGUUAGCUAGUAAUCCCAACUACACAAAACCGCAUAAGUCGUUUGUCGUGAUUGGACAUGUGGAUGCUGGUAAAUCAACCCUUAUGGGAAGACUCUUGUUCGAUUUUGGUAUUGUUGAUGCAAAAACCGUAAAUAAAUUAAUCAAAGAAUCAGAAAGAGCCGGUAAAGGAUCGUUUGCAUUGGCGUGGAUUAUGGACCAAACAGAAGAAGAACGGUCCCAUGGUGUCACUGUUGAUAUCUGCGCUACUGAUUUCGAAACACCCGAGGUUAAAUUCACAGCGAUUGAUGCCCCAGGACACAAAGAUUUUGUGCCACAAAUGAUUGGUGGUGUAUCCCAGGCUGAUUUCGCCUUACUUGUAGUUGAUUCAAUUACGGGCGAAUUUGAAUCCGGAUUCGCUAUGGAUGGACAAACCAAGGAACAUACUAUUUUAGCCAAGAACUUUGGAAUUGAAAAGAUUUGUUGUGUUGUUAACAAGUUAGAUAAGGAGAAUUGGAGUCAAGAAAGAUAUGAAGUUAUUAAAGAACAAUUGAUUGAGUUUUUAACUGGGCCUGAAGUUGAAUUUAAACCCGAUCAAAUUGAUUUCGUUCCUAUUUCAGCCUUGAGUGGGAAUAACGUUGUCAAGCGUGAUCCAGCCAUCACUGCUUUGACCGACUGGUAUAAUGGUCCUACUUUAGGAGAAUAUUUAACCAACAUUAAAUUGGCCAGUAAGAAAGAUACAUUGAUGACUGAACCAUUUUUUCUUUCCGUGCACGAUGCAUAUAGAGAUACCGGUGAAAUUAAAGUCAGCGGGAAGAUCAGUAGUGGGUACAUACAAAAUGGAGAAACCAUCGUUGCCUUACCUAGUGAGGAAGCAUUACAAAUCAAUGGGAUUAAAGUCGGUGGUAAACUUGUGGAUUUCGCCAUUAGUGGAGAAUUAGUGCAAAUGAAGUUCAAAGCAAGAGAAGUGUCAAAUGAAGCAAUAGAGCCAAUCAGAAUAGGAGAUUUGAUUACUAAGAUUGGAUCGCCGGCUCAUACCGUGAAGAAAUUUACCGUGUCUAUUCAUUUGUUUAAUAUGGAUAAACCAUUAUUGGUUGGAAUGCCAUUUGUGUUGUUUAGAAACAAUUGUCACGUACCGGCCAGAAUCAGCAAGAUUGUUGAAAUCACCAGUGGGAAAAAGAAAAAGAAGAUGUUGCAUCUUGUAAGUAAACAAACUGCUAUUGUUGAAAUCCAAGUGGAUGAUGGCACUUCGUUGGCCCUUACCAAGUAUAGUGACAAUAAUGUAUUGGGUAGAGUUGUGAUUAGACGUGAAGGUGUGACUAUCGGUGCAGGUAUAGUUGUUGAUUUGUAGAAGAAAAAGCUUGUAUAUGUACUUUAAAACGAAAUGUAAUCUACAAACAAAAUGAAAACUCCGAAUAUUACGGCCAUGGUGACUAGCAUAUUGGCUGCUUUUUUGUUGCUCUUUUUAGACUUGUUCAAGGUUUUGUUACCCAAGGUAACUUCCAUUUCUAUUUCGGAAUGGGUAUCCAUAAGAUUGCCAAUUUGAUUUCCUUGAUCUUGAAGUUUAAAUGAUAAUUCGUUUUGGAUAUUGACGAUAUCAAGAAUAGACUGUUGCACUUUUUCAACUUGUUUCAAUUGGGUAGUUUUGAGAUUCAAAAACUCUCUAUUUUCAAACUCCAAUUCUUGUAGUUGGUCUGAUGGUACUUGUUCAUCUUCGAAUUGGCCAUUGGUGUCGAUUAUAUCCAAAUCGUUGGCAAUAUGGUCGACAUCCAUUUGAUCGUCUUGAAUAUCUUGGAAGUUCAACAAGUUCAAUUGUCGUUCUCGGGACAAUCGCUUCUGUUGAAUGGAAUCAAAGGUUUUAUUAACGUAAUUUAAAGUUUCCAUGAGGAAUAGCAAUACUUGUUUUCUAUGGGCUGCGACUGUUUCAUGGUAGAACGACGCUUCAUCGUCGGUGAACACGCGAUUGAACCAACCACCACGCGUGUUAUCUUGGUCAUUAGUGAGUUUUUGUCGUUUGCUCUCGUAUACUUCCAAAUGGUUGAGUUUCUUGUACAUCUGUUGAACCUUGAAGUUAAAGUCCUGGUCUAUUUCGUUUUUAUCGUCGAUUGAUAGAGUUGAAGUGUUGGCGUAUUCGUCACUGAUGGCGAGGUAUGGUGCUUUUAUAUCCCUGAUGUAUUUGUUCAUCUGAAUUAACAUGGUGUAGAAUUCUUGCGAUUCUUUUAUGAAGGUGUCGUUGACAAAGUAGUUUUGCUCAUCUUGGUGUUUGAUUGGUUGUGGUUGUGGUUGUAUUGAAUCACCUAGUUCUGAUUGAACUAUAUUGACACAUUGUCGAAAGAGAGGCGUGAGAUCUGUCAUAUUUACUGUACCU